CUUUGGAUAUUUUGGGGCGCUCUGAAUUGCGCAGCUGUCUGGACCGUACCAAGUGUCUCGAUGAGAGGGGGUACUUUGACGGCCGCAUCGGUCGGGCGGGCUCUUUUCUGCGUGACCAUGCACCUGCCGUUCGAUGCCCCUGGACAUCGUUUUUUUCCGAGGGCCUCGCUCGCGCCCCGCAUAAUCGGUCAAUAACGACGCUGAAGCUACGUAGGUGGCUCACUUGUCUUGGUUCAGUGCGGAGCCAUUCAGCGACGUCUUAGGCCGUCAACAGAGAGCGUCAAGAGGAGAGGAGAGGAGAGGAGGGGAAAGGAGGGACGCCGGCGGACGCACUCUAUUGUCUCGGGUUGAUUGGGAUUUUCGGGUCCCCUCACGAAGAUGUCUCAGGCGACCACGUCGUCGUUGCUGGCAGCACUGUGUAGCAGCGUCCUCCUCGUCGUCAGCGGCAGAGCGUCGUCCUCACUUCACCGAAGGUGUGAGGACAGUUUGGCCACGCCUCUUCCUUAUAGCUCCUUCACCAGCUCAUCAGUUUACGCUCGAGAUUAUGGGGCUGGCUAUGCCAAGCUUAACCGGAAACAAGGCGCUGGAGGCUGGUCGCCUUCCGAUUCAGACCGCUACCAGUGGUUACAGGUCGACUUGGGUGCCAGCAAGCAGCUCGUUGGCAUAGCGACUCAGGGUCGCUACAGUAGCUCCGACUGGACCGGCAAAUAUCAGCUUCUUUAUAGUGACACACAGACAAACUGGAGGCCUUAUCGACAGGAUGGAAGCAUCUGGACAUUUGACGGGAAUGUGAACAGCGAUGGUGUGGUUCGUUAUGAGCUGCAGCACGCCUUCUUGGCCCGUUAUAUCCGCUUUGUUCCAUUGGAAAAGAGCAAGGCGGGACGUGUCGGAAUACGUCUGGAACUAUAUGGCUGCUCAUACUGGGCUGAUGUGAUCGGUUUUGAUGGCCAUGGAAUCCUCUCCUACCGCUUCAGGAGUAAAAAAAUGAAGAUUGUGAAGGAUGUCAUUGCUCUUAAGUUUAGAACCACAGCUGGGGAUGGGGUGUUGCUUCACGGGGAGGGACAGCAAGGAGACUAUGUUUCUCUGGAGCUCCGAAGGGCGAGACUUCAGCUAAGCAUGAACCUUGGCAGCAACCAAUAUGGCUCCAUCCAGGGUCACACCUCUGUGACCAGUGGGAGCUUACUUGAUGAUGACCAUUGGCACUCCGUUGUCAUAGAGCGUUACCGAAGGAAUGUCAACUUUACCCUGGAUCACCAUGUUCAUCACUUCAGGACCAAUGGAGAGUUUGCGCACCUCGAUCUUGACUAUGAGAUUAGCUUUGGGGGCCUACCUCUAUCAGCAAAAUCAAGCUCGGGAGGUCGAGAGAACUUUGUGGGCUGUAUGGAGGGGAUCACCUACAAUGGCGACAACAUCACGCACUUGGUCCGCAGGGGGAAAGUGGAUAUCUCCAGCUUUCGCAACUUAACAUUCUCAUGUGCUGAGUCCAACACCUUCCCUGUCUUCUUCAACUCCACAUCCUUCCUGCGCCUGCCUGGUCAGACUGACAGUGACACCCUGUCUGUCAGUCUGUCUUUCAGAACAUGGAACCCAAAUGGACUGCUAAUGUUCACAGUGCUGGCUGAUGGCUGGGUGGAGGUGGGACUGACAGAUGGCAAGAUAACUGUAUAUAUGAACGUGACGCAAAAGAAGAACACACACAUUGACAUUUCAUCAGGCUCCGGCCUGAAUGAUGGCCAGUGGCACAGUGUCCAUCUGAAUGCUUUGGAGAACUAUGCGAUGCUAACAGUGGAUGGAGACGAGGCAUCCACAGUCAGAACAGCCAUCCCAGUUCAGAUCAUGACUGGAGGAACAUACUACUUUGGAGGUUACUUUCCACAUACAGCCACUCACACUCUUCAGCGCCCCUUCCAGGGCUGCAUGCAGUUGAUCCACAUAGAUGAUCAUCUAGCUGACCUCAAGGCUGUGGAACAAGGUCUCAUUGGAACAUUUGAAAAUGUCAGCCUGGAUAUGUGCGCUAUCAUUGACAGGUGCGUUCCCAACCACUGUGAGCAUGGUUCCCGUUGUUCUCAGACAUGGGAUGCAUUCACCUGCAACUGUAGUGGCACCGGAUACGCUGGAGCUACCUGCCAUACCUCCAUGUUUCAGCAGUCCUGUGAGGACUAUAAGCACCAGGGUAGAAGCUCUGGGAGUUACUGGAUUGACCCAGAUGGCAGUGGGAGUUUAGAACCUUUCAGAGUUAUGUGUGACAUGACAGAAGACAAAGUUUGGACUACAUUGAAAAACAACCUCGCACCUCAGACAUCAGUCAUGACUGCUGAUCCAGAUGAGAAGGCAGUGCUGCAGAUCACUUACAAUGUAACAGAUGAGCAGCUGUUUUCGGUCACCAGCAGUGCUGAAAAGUGUGAACAAUAUCUAGCCUACGCUUGCCGAAUGUCUCGUCUGCUCAACACUCCAGGCAGUGAACCGUUUACCUGGUGGCUAGGCCGAGCCAAUGAGAGACAUUUCUAUUGGGGAGGUUCAGGCCCAGGGAUACAGAAGUGUGCAUGUGGAAUAGAACACAACUGUACUAACCCCAAACACUAUUGCAACUGUGAUGCUGAUCAGCGCUCCUGGAGAGAGGAUGCAGGCCUGUUGGUGUACAAGGACCAUUUGCCAGUCCGGCAGGUUGCGGUCGGCGAUACAGGCAGAGCUGGAUCUGAAGCCAAGCUGACAGUGGGGCCGCUUAGAUGUCAGGGGGACCGAAAAUUCUGGAAUGCGGCGUCCUUCACCAGUCCAGCUUCCUCCCUCCACUUCUCUUCCUUCAGAGGAGAAACCAGCACUGACAUCUCCUUCUACUUUAAGACCUCCUCCGGUCAUGGAGUCUUUCUGGAGAACUUGGGAACAUCUGACUUCCUUCACAUUGAACUAAGAGGAGGCUCCCUGGUGACGUUCUCCUUUGACGUGGGCAGUGAGCGAAUGGAGCUUGUUGUGCGAUCUGCCGUGCCCCUAAAUGAUGACCAGUGGCAUCGUGUGGAGGCUGAGAAGAACGUCAAAGAGGCGGUGCUGCAGCUUAACGGGCAGCACCGAGCGGUCAGACGCAUACCUCCACAGGGGCACACAAAACUGGAGUUCUACAGUGACCUGUACCUUGGUGCCUCAGGUGGUCAGAGGGGUUUUCUGGGCUGCAUGCGAGCUCUGAAGAUAAAUGGACUUACCUUUGACCUGGAGGAGAAGGCUAAAGUGACUCCAGGGGUAAGUCCUGGCUGCCAGGGCCACUGCAGCAGCUAUGGGAUGCACUGCAAGAAUGGAGGCAAAUGUGUGGAGCAGUACAACAGAUACUCCUGUGACUGCUCACCCACUGCGUUCGAUGGCCCCUUCUGCACUGAGGAUGUGGGUGCCUACUUUGAAACGGGGACUCUGGUGCGCUAUGACUUUUCGCCGGAGGUAGCCCCCUCUGUGGUCCAGGAGGGGAAAAGCUUUUCAGCUAUUGCCGUUCCCAUUGAGGCCAACCUGACUCACGAGGAGCUGAUUUUCAGCUUCAGCACUUCCAGCGCUCCAAGCAUCCUGGUGUACAUCAGCUCCAGGACUCAGGACUACCUGGCUGUGGUGCUCAGGCAUAAUGGAACGCUCCAGAUCCGCUACAGAUUGGGAGGGCUAACGGAACCUUUCACGAUAGAUAUUGACCAUCGCAACAUGGCCAACGGGCAGCCUCACGCUGUCAACUUAACCCGACACUUUCGGGACAUACGAUUGCAGCUGGACCACUACCCAGUGUCAACUUACACACUCCCCGAGGACUCCGACACAGAAUUCAACUUGAUCAAAAGUCUGUUUCUCGGAAAGGUUUUUGAAACAGGACAGAUUGACCCCAUCUUGAUCGAGCGCUACAACACACCGGGCUUCGUGGGCUGCCUCUCGAGAGUUCAGCUGAACAGUGUGGCACCACUCAAAGCCGCCCUGCGCUCUGGCCAGGCGGCGCCCGUCGGCACCCACGGGAUUCUGGUCCCGUCCAAUUGUGGAGCCUCUCCUUUGACUCUCUCUUCCCUGGCAGCGAAUGACCCCUGGCACGUAGAAACCGGUAGGGACGCAGGCCCGUACACGAAACACUCCCAAGGUACACGAUCGACUUCCGACUUUUCCGUGUUCACUUCGCCCGCAGUUGGAGCCGCUUCUCCUUUCAGCGAGGAAUCGUCCGGCAGCAAUGCCGUCGAUCGAAACUCUGCUGUCAUUGGAGGCAUCAUUGCCAUGGUCGUCGUCACGGUGUCGUGCAUCAUGGUGUUUGUCGUCCGCCACACGUUCCGACACAAAGGCUCCUACCACACCAACGAGGCCAAGGGAGCCGAGUCGGCCGACUGCGCCGACGCAGCUAUCAUCGUCAACGACCCCGCCUUCACCGAAACCAUUGACGAAAGCAAGAAGGAGUGGUUCAUCUGAGCCGUCUUUCUCAACAACAACAUGGACGCAAGACUGUAGGAUGUAUGUAGUUAGUAAAUAGUGGAACCUGGAGAACUUGUUUAGGGGCGUUUGUAUGGAAACUUUAUGGACAUCAGCGCAUCCGUGUUGAGCACAUGAGGCAAAGCCUGGGAGGCAGUUUAUUUGAACCAUUUUAAAACCAACUGCGGGGCAAAGAAAACGCCAUGGACGGACGGACGGACGUGUGAAUGCUACGGUCAAUAGCUUCAUUUAUUUAUUAAUAUUUAUGUUCUAUUUCGUAAUAUAUUUUCUUUAUUUGCAUCCUUGCAAUAAAUACGGUGAGGGAAAGACAACAAUCCUGUAAACUGCUACUUUGUGCCAACUAAUAAUACUGCACAUUCAUAACGAUGUUAUAAUCAUGCUUUGUUUUAUGUGUAGCAGUGAAAUCUUACCGUGCAUGUCAAAGGAAAUUCAAUGCUUUUGAUUUAUUUUGGGCGGCACGGUGGCCGACUGGUUAGAGCGUCAGCCUCACGGUUCUGAGGACCCGGGUUCAAUCCCCGGCCCCGCCUGUGUGGAGUUUGCAUGUUCUCCCCGUGCCUGCGUGGGUUUUCUCCGGGCACUCCGGUUUCCUCCCACAUCCCAAAAACAUGCAUGAAUUGGAGACUCUAAAUUGCCCGUUGGUAUGACUGUGAGUGCGAAUGGUUGUUUGUUCCUAUGUGCCCUGCAAUUGGCUGGCAACCAGUUCAGGGUGUACCCCGCCUCCUGCCCGAUGACAGCUGGGAUAGGCUCCAGCACGCCCGCGACCCUAGUGAGGAGAAGCGGCUCAGAAAAUGGAUGGAUGGAUGGAUGGAUGGAUGAUUUAUUUUGUGCCUAAGUGUCUCUGAAAUGACAAAACUGCACCGAUUUUAUUCUUCACUCUUGCUGCCAAAAUCCGUUUCAGACACCACUGGAAUCCCAUCAGUCCGAAAGACUCCACUGGUUUUGCUCCGCCAGUAUUCAUUUAAUGUGAUUUAAAAAAAAAAAUUGUAAUUAAAUUGUAGCACUCCAGCGCAGUGUUUAGUAAGUAAGAUAGCUCGGCGAUUCCACCUGCAAUUACUAUAUCAACUGGAUGACUGGGCUGCUUUUUUUUUUUGUUUGUUUUGUUUUUUUUAAAGGUACAUUAUCUUAAAACAACCUGUUUACGUUUCAUGAAGGAUGCCGUUCCUAGUUAAGAAUGUUGCUUCCGUACAAACUAUAGCUUACUCACAUUGUGACAUUUGAUUGUAUCCCAUUUCUUUGCAGUGCGAUGUAAUGGCAUGACAUUUUCUUCAUUGUUUUAUGUAAAAUGCUUUGUCUGAUUCUUUUAUAGCA